AUGCCAGAGCCUAUCACCACAUCCGCAGCUGCAGCUGCGCCUGCUACAACUGCUGCAACCAAAUCCGCCAACGCAGCCGACGCGCUCACCGUCGAAUCGGUCUUUUCCUCGCUCGGCCUGCCUGCACCGGGUUCGCGCAUCCCAGGCGUCUUCGACGGCACCUGGCACCACGGCACCUCGGCCUCCUCUUCGCUCACCUCGCGCAACCCUGCCACGGGCGCGACGCUGGCCACGGUCACCUCGGCCACCGCCGCGCAGGUCUCGUCCGUGCUCGCCGCCGCACACUCUGCGCAGCGCAUCUUGGCGCGCGUCCCCGCCGCCACGCGCGGAGCCGUGAUGAAGGACAUCUGCAGCGCCUACAUCGAGCACAAGGAUGCGUUGGGUGCGCUCAUCUCGUUUGAGAUGGGCAAGGUGCUCUCCGAGGGCAAAGGCGAGGUGCAGGAGGUCAUCGAUGUUGCCGACAUGGCUGUGGGGCUGUCGCGCUCGAUCCAGGGGAGUGUUCUGCCGUCCGAGCGCCCAGGCCAUGUGAUCUACGAGAUUCCGAACCCGUUGGGGCUGGUUGGAGUAAUUACGGCGUUCAACUUCCCCGUUGCUGUGCACGGCUGGAACUUUUGUCUUUCGUUCGUGUGCGGUAACGCUACCGUGUGGAAGCCAUCCCCGACGACGCCGCUGACUGCGAUUGCGACGACCAAGCUGAUCGUGAAAGUGUUGGAGAAGCACGGCUUGCCGGGUGCGCUCGCUGCGGUAGUGUGCGGCGAUGUCGAGACUGGCCAGAGUCUGACGCGCGACGAGAGGGUCCAGCUGACGAGCUUUACGGGCUCCGAGACGAUUGGCAAGGUGGUCGCACAGGAUGUCGCUGCUAGGUUGGGUAAGAUCCUGCUCGAGUUGGGCGGCAACAAUGCUGCGAUUGUGCUGGACGAUGCGGACCUCGAUUUGGCGGUUCCCGGAGUGGCGUUUGCCGCGGUCGGCACGGCGGGUCAGCGAUGCACGACGACGAGGAGGUUGCUGCUGCAGCGCGGAGUGGCGGACAAGUUCCUCGAGCGCCUCGUCAAGUUCUACACCUCGCUCAAGGACAAGAACCUCAUCGGCGAUCCGCUCCACCCCUCGGUGCUGUGCGGACCCCUGCACUCUGAGCAGGCCGUAGCCAAGUAUUGGUCGACGCUCGACACGAUCCGCUCCUCCGGCGGCAAGAUCCUCUUCGGCCCCUCUACCCCCAGCAACCCCGGCCUCCCCGCCCACUUGGCCUCAGGAAACUACGUGCUCCCUGCCAUCACGAUCCCCUCGUCCGCCAAAGACCCCGUCUUUUUCGAAGAGACUUUCGCCCCCAUCCUCAACGUCGCCAUCUUCGACACGCUCGAGGAAGCCAUCGAUCUCAACAACAGCGUCCGCCAGGGCCUGUCCAGCAGCCUGUUCACCACGCAGCUCACCAACAUCGGAGAGUGGCAAGGCGCGCUCGGGAGCGACUGUGGGAUUGUCAAUGUCAAUGUCAGCACGAGCGGCGCCGAGGUGGGUGCAGGCUUUGGGGGUAACAAGGCGACGGGCUGGGGCAGGGAGUGUGGAGGCGAUGCGUGGAAGCAGUACUGCAGGUGGGCGACGAGCACGGUCAACUACAGUAGGAAGGUGGCGCUUGCUCAGGGUGUCAAGUUUGACGCUUGA